CUGCCUGCAGGGAGCCUGCAGCUCACUCUCUACCAGUAUAAAACAUGCCCUUUCUGCAGCAAAGUCCGAGCUUUUCUUGAUUAUCAUGGACUGCCCUAUGAAAUUGUGGAAGUGAACCCAAUCAUGAGGAAAGAAAUCAAAUUCUCUUCCUACAGAAAGGUGCCCAUCCUGCUAGCCAAUGCUGGGAGCCCUCUGCAAUUGAACGACUCCUCGGUGAUAAUCAGUGCAAUAAAGACCUAUCUUGUUUCCAGGAGGAAUAGCUUAGAAGAAAUCGUGUCCUUUUAUCCACCUGUUAAAACAGUGACUGAAAAAGGCAAGGAGGUGGUCGAAUAUGAGAAUAAAUACUGGCUCAUGCUGGAUGAGAAGGAGACCAAAAAAGUCUAUCCUGUCAAAGAAGUGAGAGUGGAAGAAAUGAAAUGGAGAAAAUGGGCAGAUGAUUGGCUUGUUCACCUCAUCUCCCCCAAUGUUUACCGCACCCCCAAAGAAGCCUUGGCAUCUUUUGAUUACAUUGUGCGUGAGGGGAAGUUUGGCACCUUGGAAGGUCUCUUUGCCAAAUACGUGGGGGCUGUUGCCAUGUUCUUCGUUAGCAAGAGGCUGAAGAAAAGACACCAGCUUCGAGAUGAUGUCCGAGAAGAUUUGUAUCAAGCAGUUAACGAGUGGGUGAAAGCUGUUGGCAAAAAUCGACCGUUCAUGGGUGGGAACCAGCCGAACCUCGCUGACCUGGCAGUGUACGGGGUACUCCGGGUCAUGGAAGGGCUGGAAGCCUUUGAUGACAUGAUGGCUCACACCAAUAUUCAGCCUUGGUACCAGCGCAUGGAAGAAGUCAUUGAAAAAACUGGAGUUGCAAUCUGAUGCCAGCUGCAGCUGCCUCCCUGAAGUACUUGCAUGGUGAAAACUUCAGAAGAAAUGGCUUUUAUUUUUAGAGUUGACUGGUCACACCUAAUGGACUGACUUGUGGACACAGAGAUCACCCUGUUCAGAACAUCAAGUUGCUGUGAGAGAAGGGUCCAGCUUGGUGUAGAAGGAUGGGGACAGGUAAAAGAAAGAGAUUUUGGUUGCUGCUGGAAAGGAGAUGCUUUGAACUGAAGAAUGCAAUGAAAAGGCUUCUUUCAGAUAAGAGACACCCUCAGAGCAGGUUACUGUAAAAGCAAGAUGCUCUUGGCUGGUGUAAUGGCUGUGUCAGAUGUGGUAGGCCUGACCAGCUUUUGCCUCAGGCUGUCUUCUGCUAUGAUCCAGGUCACCUGAAGUGUUUUCCUAACUAAGACACUGGAUACUGGUUUUUAAGUGACAAUAUUUCCUGCAAUAGAAUCUUGUAAACCUAGUGCUGAGGGAAGUGGAGGAAUCUGCAGUGCUGGAGAAGGCACCCUUCCUCUGACAGCAGCAAGGCUGCACUCAGCAAGGCAUCUGCUUUCACUCUUCCAUGUAAACGGUUCUCUCAGGAUUUGAUUCUGUACGGUCUGCAAGGAUAAAGGCUGGCUUUAUUCUGUC